AUGGACGAACUGAUAAGAGGCUUUUGUGCCGCGACCGGAUGCGAUAAGAUUGGUUCCAAAUGCUGGCGCUUCAAACGGGUAAUGCAAGUUAUUGACUGGUUGGGAUCGCAAAGACUGUGUUCCCCGAAAGCCAACUUCCCUAAUCAUUUUACUUCAAUGGAUGACUUCCUCUCAAAUCCUCAAGAACGCAAAUUGGUAUAA